AUGAAUAAAACAUACCCUUCCACAGAAGUGUGGACUCAGAUGAAUGAUCAAUUAUAAAAGAGCAUUUAAAACAAUAUCAUUAAAGAAUAGGAGUUAAAAAAUCUAAAUUUUGCAUUUGAGGAUUUAGCACUACUCUAACAUUAAUUAAACAAUGCAAUCAAUUUAUGGAAGUCCUCCUCAAUCUCAUAAAACGAUUAAUAUUUGCUCUAAUAAUAAAUUCCUUUGCUUCUACUAGCUCUUAACCAAAACUUAUCUACUUUAACCACUAUGCUAAUUUUGGGUACAGUUUCUUGAUAACUUAAUGUAGAUUUAUUUAACUUAAUGGCUUUUAAAAAUGAAGAGAGUUUUGCAAAGCCCUUGAUCCAAAAUUUGGGGGUUCCCUAUUUACUUGAUAGAUUACAAGAUGAAAACAUGGAAAUUUGUUAAAAGUCAUUUUCACUCUUAGGAUUAGUAUCUAAAAAGUAUUUGAAUGAUAUAGGUGCUUUGCCUAUUUUAAUUAAUUUGUCCAAAAGAAUCAAGAUCGAUUCUCAUGACUAUUUUAAUCUAAUAUUAGAAAUAGGUAGACAUGCUCAAAGUAAAGAAGUAUUCUAUUGAGUUAUAUGGAUUAGCAUUUGCAACUAAUUUGCAAAUAUAUUCUUUAAACUGAUUCAUGCGAACCUUUAUUUUAUUUAAAGAAACUGAUAUAUUUUAUAAAUAAAUCACCAGAAGAGUAGUAUGUAUCAAAUAUUCUUUUAGAAGGUUAAAUUUUAAGUAUUUUAAGAAAAAUUUUCAAAAUUGUAUCUACAAACAGUGAAUUAACGUAAUGUUAUAUUAUUUCUUUGCUUUCUUUUUUAAAAUAGUACUCACCAUAAUCCAAAGAGCUUACUUCAAAUAGUAUUUUGUAAUUUUUUAACAUUAAUGUUGAUAAACACAAUUAUAGUUUAACAGACUUAUAUACAUAAAGCCUUUACGGAUUAAUACAUCAAGAUUCUGAUCUAAUUAAGGAAGUUAUCAAAAAUCAAUAAAUCAUAAAUAAUCUUUUUGCCUUUUAUGAUUAGAAGGCAAUCGCCAAUUUUGCUUAAAUUUUUAAUAGAGUCAUAGAAUUUGAUUUGGACUAUGAAAUUAAAUAUUUAAUCAAAAAAGGAAUGUUGUUUAAAUAUUAUACUCAAUUAAAUAGAAAUGAUUCUAGUUUACACUCUAGUUUAGAAGGAAUACAUCAACUUUUAAGAAAAGGUAAAUGAGAUUUUUUAAAUAUUAGGCUAUAUAAAAGACAAUUUGAAUCAAUUACAAAAAAAAGUAAGAAAUAGUUUGGUUUCAAAAGCUGAAGAUAAAACUUUGUAACUUGAAAUAGUUAGACUUAUUUAAUAAUAAAAGCAAUGA